CUCGAACGAGCUCCUUGUGAGCAUCAGCAUUUACGAUACUUUGCGUUGUGCAUCAUGACCUCCGAGUGGCUUAGCUCGCAGCGUCAUGGACCCGCGGCUUUGAGUGGCGGCGGUACGCGCGGCCAAGCCAUGUCUCAGUGUUGACAGCCGUCGGUUUCUCGUGGCGUUCCAGUCCUCACGAUCAAGUCUGGACCGGACCAUGAAUCUCGCUAUUCCUAAACUCAGCGAAGAACGUCAAGAGUCGCGCUCUUGCACGCAGGGCUUUGAGGAGAUGCUGGGGUCUAUGUGUAGCACUUUGCGUGUUAGAGCAGGCUGAGCGCACAGGCAUCGCCGUCGACGCGACGUGUGAUGACCCACUAUUUGUGAUCUCGUCGCCGGUGGCGGAUUUGCUGGCCGCACAUCCAUGCCAUAAGCCAUAGAAGAUUGCGCACCGAGCUAUAUUCCAUGGUCAGGACAGAGCGCAGAGUCGGUAACACACACUCGCUCCUCGCCAACGACAAGCUUUUGAUCGUGAAAGACGCUGCCAACGCGUUGCUGUCUGACCCAGUCUUGGCCCAAGGAAUGCUUCGCAAUGCUCAUGCGAGGCACGUGAAUCGCCCGCCUUCUUUGCAGGUAGUCGAAAGUCGGAGUGCUGUGUGCUGUUGACUGAUGGUCGAUGGCGUGACAAACCAGCUCACACCUCCCCCGAUCGUGGCGCGAUAAACCUCCGUCAAAGCACGGGUCAGCGCGCAGUGACACAGAUGGACAAGCCCCGCCUGACGGAACCUUCUGUCAUCUGCACCUUCUCCGACAUUUGCCAAAAGGAUGCCAAAUGAUCAAGAUGCGACACUCCUAGUGUCCCAUGGCAGGAUCCUUUCUUUGACGACGGUCAGAGCAUACUCAGACUCGUGACUGUGCCCGUCGAAGCCACAAUGCCCACGCACUCCAAAGGCAAUUAACGCGUCUGCCUCCACGGUCACGUUCGCUCUUUUGCCCGUUUCAUGCUCGCUGAAGUCUCGCCUCUGCGUGCGGCGUUCAGCAAGCCACAUUGAGCCUUUCGACUCCCAGGUCUCAGGCCUCUUGUCAAAGCCACCGGCAAGACCACC